AUGAGGCUAUAUACAGGGGGUACCGUGGGGGUACAGAUUGUGCUGAUGCCUCACUGUAAAAACCUGGAGAUCCUCACUGGUUCUGAGGGAGGUGACGUGGCCAAGAGCAGUGCCUGGGACACGUUCCAGCAUUACCGCUGUCUGGAGAACAGCCAGAGCGUGGCCAAGAACCCCUCCACAGACAUCUGCCGCAACUUCAUAUUUAGUGCACCAGCUCUUCUGCACCAGGGAGCUAAAAGGAGGAUGAGGCUGUGCUUGGGACCUCAGGGCUGGCCUCUGGGCCUGGCACUGGUGCUGGGGGUUGUAGUUGGCCAGAAGCUGCCCACGCGAGAUGAGGGCCUGUUCCAGAUGCAGAUCAGAGACAAGACCCUGUUUCAUGAUUCCUCCGUCAUCCCAGACGGCGCUGAGAUCAGUGGAUACUUGUUCAGGGACACACCUAAAAGGUACUACUUUGUGGUGGAGGAGGACAACACCCCGAUGUCUGUGACGGUGACACCAUGUGAUGCUCCUCUGGAGUGGAAGCUCACUCUGCAGGAGCUGCCUGAUGAGGCCAGCGGAGAGGGAUCAGGUAAGCCGGAGCCCCUGGACCAGCAGAAGCAGCAGCAGGUGACAGUGGAUGAGAGCACAGAGCUCUUCUCCUACAAGGGGAAUGAUGUGGAGUCCUACGUGGCAACCAGCUCUCCCUCCGGCCUCUACCAACUGGAGAUGCUCUCCACAGAGAAGGACAGCAACUUCAAGGUGUACGCCACCACCACCCCAGAGUCUGACCAGCCCUACCCCGAGCUGCCCUACGAUCCCCGUGUGGACGUCACCGCCCUGGGCCGUACCACUGUCACUCUGGCCUGGAAGCCCACCCCCACGGGCGUUCUGAUGGGCCAACCCGUCCAGUACUGUGUUGUCAUCAACAAGGAGCACAACUUCAAAAGUCUGUGUGCUGCCGAGGCUAAGAUCAGCGCUGACGAUGCCUUCAUGGCCGUUCCAAAGCCAGGCCGGGACUUCAGCCCCUUUGACUUUGCCCACUUUGGCUUUGUCCGCUCAGACAAUGACUUUAACAAGGACCGAGGUCUCACCAGCAACAAGAUCUCCCGCUCCUACACAGCCAAGCCCAAGGCCUCGGACAUUCAAAAAGUCUGUAUUGGCAACAAGAACAUCUUCACCGUGUCGGACCUGAAGCCGGACACUCAGUACUACUUUGACGUAUUCGCUGUGAACUCUGCCACCAACACCAGCACCGCCUACGUGGGCACGUUCGCCCGCACUAAGGAGGAGGCUCGGCAGAAGACGGUGGAACUGAAGAACAGCAAGGUGUCUGAUGUCUUCAUCAAGAGGAAGGGGAGUAAGUUCCUACGCUUCGCCCCGGUCUCCUCUCAUCAGAGGGUCACUCUGUUCGUGCACGCCUGUCUGGACUCUGUCCAGGUGCAGGUGAGGCGUGACGGCAAGUUGCUGCUCUCCCAGAAUGUGGAAGGGGUACGACAGUUCCAGCUGCGAGGGAAGCCUAAGGCCAAGUACCUGAUCCGUCUGCGAGGCAGCAGGAAAGGAGCGUCCACCCUGAAGGUGCUGGCCACCACAAAGCCCAGCAGCAAGCAGCCCUUCCCAUCGCUUCCCGAGGACACGCGCAUCAAGGCUUUUGACAAGCUGCGUACCUGCUCCACUGCCACUGUGGCCUGGCUGGGAACGCAGGACCGCAACAAGUACUGUGUCUACAAAAAAGAGGUGGCCGAGAGCUAUGGCGAGGAGCAGCGGCGGCGUGAGCAGAACCAGUGUGCCGGGCCCGAGACACGGAGGAAGUCAGAGAAGGUCCUCUGCAAGUACUUUUACAGCCCCAACCUGCAGAAGGCCGUUACCACGGAAACCAUCACAGGGCUAGAGCCGGGCAAGACCUACCUGCUGGACGUUUAUGUUGUGGGCCACAGCGGUCACUCAGUCAAAUACCAGAGUAAACUGGUGAAAACAAGGAAAUACUGCUAA